AAACCCGGUUCGGAAUCUCCCCGAGAAUCGGGAGAAAUGGGCACCAGGGAGCUCCAGUACUCCGUCCACUCGCUGUGUCGCAUCUGCCUUGGCCACCUGGAGCAGGGUGUCGGCCAUGAUCUUUUCCUGGUUCCAGAUUUGGUCAGGAAACUGGUUUCCCUGACUUCAUUGGAGGCGGAUCAAGGCGACGGUUUCCCCAAGAAGCUAUGCACCCAGUGCUUCUCCAGGCUGAACGACCUGCACGAUUUCCGGGAACUCUGUGCGGAAUCCAUCAAGCGUUUCAAGGAAAUGGUGGCCAGCAAUAGGAUUCUGGAUUCUGAGGAUUCCGAGGCAUUGGGAAGGCAGGAUCCCCUGCUAAACCACAAAAUGGAGCUGAUCGAGAACGAAGAGGAGGUCUUCAAGAUGCUGAACGGGGACAGGGAACAGGAGGAAGAGGAUUCAUCCAGUGGAGAAGAAAACGAGAAGGAGGAGGAGCAUAAAUCAGCGGAUGGUUUCUCCAGCGAUGAUGAGCAGCCCUUGGCCAGGCGGCGGCGCAGGAUUCCCAGCCUCAUUAGCUGCCCCAUCUGCCAGCAGAAGUUCAAGAAGCCCGCGAAUUAUGAGGAGCACAUGAAGCACCACAACGACCUGCUCCCGUUUCAGUGCGAGGAGGAAAGCUGCCGCAAGGGCUUCACCACAGCCGGUGCACUGCGUCUCCAUGUGGACUAUGCGCACACCAAGAAGGCGGAUGAGAUUCCCUGCACUGUGGAGGGUUGUAAAUUGUUAUUUCCCCGUCUCCGCCUGCUGACCAUCCACCUGAAAAAGGUUCACAACCAGGCAAGGAUCAGUGCACCGCGUUCGGAGCAGCCUUGCGGGGAAUGCGGCAUGGUCUUCCGCUGCCCGGUGGCCCUGAAGAAGCACAUGUACAAGCACACCGGCGCCGAGCUUCCCUUUCCCUGCAACAUCUGCGGCAAGGGCUUCCACAUCAAUAGUGCUUUGAAGAAUCAUCUUCUGCGGCACGCGGGCAUCAAGAACUACGUGUGUCCGUACUGCGGAGUGGGCAAGACCACCCGGCAGGAGUGGAGCAAGCACCUGCUGACCCACACGCAGGAGAAGCAGUUCAAGUGCCACAUCUGCGACCAUGCCACCCACACGAAGCGGGCUCUGGAUAGCCACGUGAAGAUUGUGCACGAGAAGAUCCGCAACUUUGCCUGCCAGUAUUGUGGAAAGACCUUUGGAAAGUCGCACGCCUGCAAAAUCCACGAGAUGACGCACACCGGGGAGAAGCGCUGCGAGUGCAAGGUCUGUGGCAAAAAGUUCCUGUACACGGAAAGCCUCACGAAGCACCUGAAGAUCCACGAAAAGAGCGUUGAGAGGGCUUUGGAAACCUAUAGACAGAGGCAGGGAGAUGGUGAGAUGGAUGCGGAUCAGCUGCUUAAAGUGUGCGCCGAAUCGGUGGCCACCAUACCCAAGGAUCCGCGCCGCGUGGAGCGCGUUGAUCUGGCCCAACUGGCCGGAACCGUGGUGAAUCCCAUACCCACCGUCCAGCUGCCGCCCAGCGAAGCGCCCGCGCGCUCAAAGUUUGUCCAGAAGGAGGGCAUGCACCUGUGUCCCGGCUGCAGCCAGGGAUUCAACAAUCUGGGCAACAUGAAGCGCCACUACAAGAGCGUCCACGAGAAGGUCAAGGACUUUGAGUGCCGCUUCUGCUCGCGUCGCUUCGCCAACUCGCAGUCGCUGAAGCAGCACGAGUGGAUACACACCGGCGAAAAGCCGUACGAGUGCAAGGUUUGUGGCACUCACUUCCGCCAGGAAGCUGCCCUCAUCCGCCACCAGAAGGUCCACGACGAGAAGCCGCCAAAGCCUCCCAGGCCGCCCAAGGAAAUCAGCGAAAGGGCGCGACAGAAGGCGAUGCAGAAGAGUGAGCGAAGACGAAAAGUGGAGGAACUGCGGCAGGAAAUCGCCGAGGCCGCCAAGGAGGAGCUCAAGGAUUUGGAGAACCAACGGGCUCUGGAGAAGCAGCAGAACAGCUACGAACAGUAUCAAGCAGCGGCAGCUGGCCAGACUAAUCCCGAGUCCAAUCUUGAUGAGAAAUUAGCGUAAGGUUUCCAUUUGGCUUCAGAAUUCCCCAAAAAUAAAAGGGAGUUUAAAUUGUUGGUUAAUAUUUAACUGUCACUUAACUGUUACCUUAGUUUUAAGUAAUCAAAGGCAC